GAUGAAGUCUGGUCGGAUGGCUGGCCGUGUUCCAAGCUAGUUUCCAACCACUAGCGGGAAAGAACAAACCCUCCCCGCGCAACCUGCAUAGUGUAUCCACCGUUGCCAGCGCGUGUGAGUGAAAUGUGAUUAGCCGCCGGUUUGGGGAGUGAUGUUGUUGUGGUUCGGUUAAGGUGUUGAGUGAAAAGCAGAAAGCAGUGUAGUGUAGUGUUGGGCCAGGCCGACUGGCUGGCUGGCUUGCUGAUUGGCUGCACCUUCGGGUGACUGUCAAUGGCGGUCGCUUCUGUGAUCGUGUGAUCGAGUGCAACCAGAAAAAAGCAAGCAACAUAUUAUCGUGAGUUUUUUUUUCAUUUCGAAUAAACGUAAACCGUGAGACGCUUGGACGAUUGCUGGACGGAUGACUUCGCCCUAGAGGCGCCCCAGAGUGCCAGUUGAGUGUACGCGUUCUGGUGCAUCAGAAAUUGGACAACAAAGCCAACGUCAACGAUGUCUAAGGAUUCGGCCCAAUCGCGCAUUCCACGCUUCGACAGCGUCAGCAGUCGGAUCCCGGUGCCGGGCACUUUCCGGUUACCGUCGGGCAGCGUUUCACGGCUCCCUCCGAAGCGACCGAUCCCAGCGACACCGAUCAGCUUCCUCCGACCACCAAGCCGUUCCGGAGCCAUCGCUCGUUCAUACUCCGGCGACAGAUUGUCGCACUUGAGCACUGAACUGACCCCGAUCCCGGUGCUGACCACAUCAACACCAGCACCAGAACCACGGGUAUCCGUGGGAGUGACUCCGGGAGUACCAUUCCUGCGGAAGCUAGAUCUCGUGACGACAACGCCCGCCAGUAACCCUCAGAUCGACGGUGGUGUUUCCACGGAGCGGCUGGAAGACAUUAAGCUGUGCCAGCGCGAGUUUGGUCUACCGAGUGAUGAUGAGGAUCGCGAUGAGCGGACAAUGCGGCCAGAAGAAGUUGAAAAUGAUGAUGCCGAUGAAGAGGAGCUGGCAGAAACGACCAUGGUUGGUGUUGCGGCCACUGCCAUCGAUGGCAUAGCAGCGGACAGUGAUGCUCAGAUGUUGGUAGAUGAAUCGCUCGAGCUGGUCGGAGCACACAGUACCGACAAUUUGCUUGAUCCUCCUCUGGCCACGGUUCCACCACCGUCAGCACCGGCACAAUCAAUCGCGACGUUCCAGCAAUCACUGGCAGAGCCAGCGUACUUGGCCGGAGGUUACAAUCCUCACGAGUACACCGUCACAUUGCAGCGCGAUGGCAACGUAACGUACGAAAUCCGUCGAAGUGCCACCUUCCUGAAGUCAUCGCGCGAAUCCUUGGCCAGUGCUCCGUCACCGCUGGAGUACGCGCGGCCCAUCAUGAACUCGACCCAAACCUAUCAGCCAGCGGUAGAGGGCAUGGGGCUUACCUUUCGGCGCGAGAGUUCCGGUAGCAUCGAUUCACCGGUGCUUGGUGCGACGCGAACGAUUGCGCUUCACAGACGCCCUUCCACCGGUGAGCUGCUGACGGAUGAUGAAGAUUACGGUCCUACGGUGCGUCCUCGGGUUCUAUCCAACUUUAACUCGACCAUGGUGCACGACCGGCUGGUGAACGUCACGCAAAGCAUUCCCAACAUCACACAGGAGCUCGCUGAUAGCGGACCGCGGCGUGAUUCAUUCCGCGUUCCUGGUGAUAGCAUUCUCCCUCAAACGAUGAUGUCCAAGGAGAAGGAAGAAACACAAGGUGGAGGAAUGCCCACGACGACGAUGACGAUGGUGAAGAAACCGAAUCGUUUGACGUUCCACCUUGACGACUCGAUGAACUUGAUGCACUUCAGUGGCACCAAUGAGGGGAAGGGAAAGCGUCACAACUCCACCAUGCACGGCUCGGAUCCUGGGGCGUUCUGCGCGGCACCAUUGCGUCCUGCAGUUAGUGAGGAUCGGUUAAUGGCCGACCUUGGGACAACGAUGCUCCAGGAUGUAAGCUUCCAGGAUCAAACACUGAUAGCCACGGAUCUCACCCAGGAUCGCACCCAAGUGCAAGAAGAAGAAGAAGUGGUCGAAAUGGAAGAGGAAGAAGAGGACGAAUAUGCGGCCGAGAGGCGCCGGUUGAACGAGAAGCUGGAACUGGCCGAUACAACGAGCGUUGGUGACAUGAGCGCUGGGAAGGAAAUCUUCGAUCUGAGCCUCGAUGAACCACCGGCCACACCGGAGGAGGAGGAGGAAGAGGAAGAACAGUUGAUCUUGCGUCGUCGCUCGGUCGCACCAGUUGCCUCCAAGCAACGUUACUCCUUCGGACUCGAUCUCACUGAAUGUACGCUCGAUUGUUCGAUCGAGUUGUGUGACUCUUCGCUUUCGCUAACGAAACCACCACCAUCGAUGGCAUCGCACCUGAAGUCACCGACCACUUCCCUGAGCGGUGGCCAUGUCGGAAGUCUCACCAAGCAGGGAUCGUUCGAAAUGGACGAAAGCCUCGGUAUACUGACGCCGGAUCAGAUGAAGGAGUUUCUCGAUUCAACCACCACCA